UCUGCAGAGAAAGGCAGAGAGAGAGAGGGAGGUUAGGGUGGGAGUGGAUUCGCCGAGGAGAAGUUCUCGCCGGCCAGCUGGCUGUUUGCAGACGGCAGCUCAUGCUAUAUGGCGAGUCUAUCCCCUUUUUUGCAACAGUGCCGUAAGAGAAAAACAGUCUCUAUCUAACUGGGACUUUCCUCCCGGUCGACUUUGACAGCCUCUGGGAUUUGAAGUGCUUAUUAGAGGACUGUGAACCUGCGUGGAUUACAUACCUUCUCGCAGGAAAUGCUCCGCUGCGUAUGCUCAAGCAUCAUCGUUUCUGUCGACAGUGCAGAAAGCAGGACACUGCAGUGAGUUGAGGAUUUAAAGGGAAUGCUCAGAGCACCACAGAGACGGUCUCACUUCUGGACGGGUAAUCUCUGACGGAGGCCAAACUCUGAGGUGGAGGAGGCCGUAAAGAAGCCGUGGAGGAGCCUCCAACCCUCAUAACCUGACCAGGCCGGUGCAUCGGACAGCCAUGGCUCCUCGGAAACGUGGCGGCGGCAGCCGGGGUGGCGGCCUCUCCUUCAUCUUCUGCUGUUUUAACAGCAACGAUCAUCCGGAGAUCACCUACAGGCUGCGGGAGGACUUCGCCCUGCAGGCCAUGGAGCCGGCACUGCCGAUGCCAGGAUACGAUGAGCUGGACGGCAUGUUCUCCGAGCUGGUGGAUGAGCUCGACCUCUCCGAGAAACACAGGGAGGCCAUGUUCGCUCUGCCCGCAGAGAAGAAAUGGCAGAUCUACUGCAGCAAAAAGAAGGAACAAGAAGAAAAUAAAAGUGCAACUAGUUGGCCUGAAUACUACAUUGAUCAGCUCAAUUCAAUGGCAGCUAGAACAACGCUCCUCGCUCUGGAGAAAGAGGAUGAGGAAGAGAGGAACAAAACCAUCGAGAGCUUGAAGACCGCUCUGAGAACUCAACCUAUGAGGUUCGUAACACGUUUCAUCGACCUGGACGGCCUCACAUGCAUCCUUAACUUCCUGAAGAGUAUGGACUACGAGACCACCGAAUCGCAGAUCCACACAUCUCUGAUCGGCUGCAUCAAAGCUCUCAUGAACAACUCACAGGGCCGUGCCCACGUCCUCUCGCACACUGAGAGUAUCAACAUCAUCGCUCAGAGCCUGGCCACAGAGAACAUCAAGACCAAGGUGGCCGUGCUGGAGAUCAUGGGUGCUGUGUGUCUCGUCCCUGGUGGACACAAAAAGAUCCUGGAGGCCAUGCUGCACUACCAACGCUUUGCCUGCGAGAGGACGAGAUUUCAGACUCUUAUAAACGACCUGGACCGGAGUACAGGGCGAUACAGGGAUGAGGUGAACCUUAAAACGGCCAUCAUGUCCUUUAUUAAUGCGGUGCUGAGUCAGGGGGCUGGAGAGACAAGCGUGGAGUUUCGUAUCCAUCUCCGAUACGAGUUUCUCAUGUUGGGGAUCCAGCCUGUGAUCGAUAAGCUGCGUUCUCAUGAAAACUCCACAUUAGACAGACAUUUAGACUACUUUGAGAUGCUGCGGAACGAGGACGAGCUGGCUUUGUCAAAACGUUUUGAGUCGGUACAUAUAGACACAAAGAGUGCCAGCCAAGUUUUUGAUCUCAUACGCAAGAAGAUGAACCACACUGAUGCAUACCCGCACUUUAUGUCUGUCCUGCAUCACUGUCUCCUCAUGCCACAUAAGAGGAGCGGUAACACGGUGCAGUACUGGCUGCUGUUGGACCGCAUUGUCCAGCAGAUGGUCUUGCAGAACGACAAAGGCCAUGACCCCGACGUCACACCACUGGAGAACUUUAACGUGAAGAACGUCGUCCGGAUGCUGGUCAAUGAGAAUGAGGUCAAACAGUGGAAAGAGCAGGCAGAGAAAAUGAGGAAAGAGCACCAUGAGUUGCAGCAGAAGUUUGAUAAAAAGGAACGUGAAUGUGAUGCAAAGACACAAGAGAAGGAGGAUAUGAUGCAGACGCUUAACAAGAUGAAAGAGAAGCUGGAGAAGGAAAGCACAGAGCACAAGAAUGUCAAACAGCAAGUGGCCGAACUCACAGUCCGACUGCACGAACUCAGCACACAGCGACAAGCAGCCGUUGUUCCCGGAGGCCCUCCCCUGCCCCCGGGUCCUCCAGGUGGUCCCGUGCCCCCUCCACCCAUGCCAGGCAUGAGAGGCAUGGUCCCACCUCCCCCGCCGCCACCUGGGGGCAUGAUGCCUCCUCCGCCUCCCCCACCCCCUCCCCCUGGUGGUCCUCCACCUCCUCCUGGACGCCCACCCAUCGGAGGCAUCCCUCCCCCUCCAGGAGCACCUCUCGGGCCCUCUCUGAUGCAGAAGAACAUUCCCCAGCCAGCCAACCCGCUGAAGUCUUUCAACUGGGCCAAACUAGCUGAGAAUAAACUGGAAGGUACUGUGUGGAUGGAGGUGGAUGAUGCCAAGGUUUUCAAAAUACUGGAUCUGGAGGACAUUGAGAAGACCUUCUCUGCCUAUCAGAGACAGCAGGACUUCUUUAUGAUCAAUAACAGCAAACAGAAAGAGGCAGACGACGACACGCUGGGCUCUAAAAAAGUCAAAGAACUCUCCGUCAUUGAUGGCAGGCGAGCUCAAAACUGCAACAUCCUUCUUUCGCGGCUGAAGCUCUCAAAUGAGGAGAUGAAGAGAGCCAUCCUCACCAUGGACGAACAGGAGGAUCUCCCGAAGGACAUGCUGGAGCAGCUGCUGAAGUUCGUCCCUGAGAAAAGCGAUGUGGAUCUUUUGGAGGAGCACAAACAUGAGUUGGACCGCAUGGCCAAACCUGACCGCUUCUUCUACGAGAUGAGCAGAAUAAACCACUACCAGCAGAGGCUGCAGUCUCUGUACUUUAAAAAGAAGUUUGCUGAGAGGAUAGCAGAGCUCAAACCCAAAGUAGAAGCUCUGACAAAAGCAUCCAAGGAUAUUUUACACAGCAAAAACCUGAAGCAGCUGCUGGAGGUGGUGCUGGCCUUUGGGAACUUCAUGAACAAGGGUCAGAGAGGGAACGCUUACGGCUUCAAGAUGUCUUCACUCAACAAAAUCGCUGACACCAAAUCCAGUAUUGACAAAAACAUCACUCUCCUGCACUACCUGAUCACCAUCCUGGAGAAAAAAUACCCCAAAGUCCUGUUGUUCCAGGAGGACCUGCAGAGCAUCUCUGACGCAGCCAAAGUCAACAUGACUGAGCUGGAGAAAGAUAUCAACAACCUGCGAAGCGGCUUGAAAAGCGUGGAGAGUGAGCUGGAUUUCCAAAAGAAGAGACCGCAGGAGCUGGGUGAUAAGUUUGUGUCUGUUGUGAGUCAGUUCAUCACCGUGGCCAGCUUCAGCUUCUCCGACGUGGAGGACUCUCUCACCGAGGCUAAGGAGCUGUUCCUCCGGGCAGUAAAGCACUUUGGCGAGGAUGCCAGUAAGAUGCAGCCAGAUGAGUUCUUUGGCAUCUUUGACCAGUUCCUGCAGUCGUUCGCUGAAGCUCAGCAGGAGAACGAGAACAUGCGGAAACGCAAAGAGGAAGAGGAGCGCAGGGCCAAGAUGGAAGCGCAGCUCAAAGAGCAGAGGGAGAAAGAGCGAAAGGCCCGCAAAGCGAAAGCAAACGGGGAAGACGACGGCGGCGAGUUUGACGACCUGGUGUCAGCGCUGCGGUCGGGCGAGGUCUUCGAUAAGGACCUGUCCAAGAUGAAACGCAACCGCAAGCGCUUCAACAACCAGUCCACAGACUCAAACAGAGAGCGACCAAUCACAAAGCUCAACUUCUAAGCUGGGCUGAGAUCACCAUCCUUAUUCCCUUCUCUCCCUUCUGCUCAUCACACGUUUCCCUCUGGGUCAGAUUGACAUGCACAUUCCUCUGCACCUCCCUCCAUUCCCACCCAGCUCAGCUUCAGGGGUGCAGCGCCACACACAGCGCAACAUGUUCAGACUCUUCAUCCUCUGAGAUUUUUGUGAUGUUUAUCCGAGCAGAAGCCAAAAGUUGUUAUCAGUGACCAAACAGGAGGAUUAGUUUGGUCAGAUGAAAUGUUUCGUACAGUAGCAGGAUGAUGUUUUCCCCCCCGUUGGAGAAUUUUUUCUUCCUACGUGUGAGAGAUGUUUGAUAGGAACCAUUCUGUGCUGGGGUUUUUUUGUACGUCAGAAUCUAUGCACAAGAUAAAAUGUGCAGCUCACAGACUCCUCCAGGGCUUGAUCCAAACAGGAAGAUGAUUCCAUAAAAAACACAAGGGGCCAUUUUGUACGGACUGAUGUCAUAGAUUGAGACAGGCUGCUGAAUUGUCCUCCAGAUCAUUUUUGAAGAAUCUGAACUUCCUGCUGCAGUCGAGACCUUCAAAGGACUGGAACUCAACUUUGUUAGACAGGAGUGGUUUCGUCUGCGAGCGACGCAGCUAAGGAGCAGAGUUUUUCUUUCUUUAUUUCAUUAUUGAGGUGCAGCUGUUCUAUAUCUGAUCACUGUAUGUUUUAUUUGAAUUGUGUUCCCAUUAAGAGCUGGCCUUAACUCUGUGGGUUUUAAUUGUUGAGUAGGUACUCUUAAAGGCCUGGGCCUAACUUGCAAUUUCUCAACAAGUGUGUACACUCAUGUCAUAGAUGACAUAUAUCUAUAUAUAUAAGGAUGCGUGCUUGUUUCACAUGCACAUAUAAAUCCAUAAUGACUAUGCUAAAUGCCAUUAAAACCCAUACCCUAUCAAUGCAAUACACCUGUUUCUCCGCUCUGAAGGAAGUGCCCUCCUUCAAGUUUUUAUUCAAUAGAUCAACUCUGUUUCCCUUCACUGGCUGGAUUCACACUGCAAACAAAAACACGUCCAUGUGUGAUGUCUUCAUUCUUUUAGAGAACAUCACACAUGGACGUGUUUCAGCUGUGUCAAUCCAUCCAGUGUUGAACACUUCCAUUGGACUUUUGUAAUUUAAAAUAUUGCCUUCCAUUGUACAAUGACCUGAUGAGAAUAAAUGGGAGAAAAGCAGUCA